UCCAUCCCAAUGCCACCCGCCGCCCCCAGGGAGCCCUGGCAGGAGAAGGAGCAGCGGUUGCGGGGCCGCCUGCGGCGCAUCCUCCCCAUCGACGUGCACCUCGCAGACCCACUGGGUGCCCCACUGCACCCUCCGGCCGAUGCUCUGCUCUCCACCUUCUGCCUGGAGGCCGUCAGCCCCGACCGCGCAGCCUUCGGGCGAGCGCUGGUGAAUGUUGGCUCAAUGCUGCGCCCGGGGGGCCACGCGUUGCUGCUGGGGGCUCUGGGGGAGUCCUUCUACCUGGCGGGCGCUGCGCGGCUGCCCGUGGUGCCAUUGGAUGAGGACGGUGUCCGCGGGGCUCUGAGCGAUGCUGGGUUCACCCUCCGUGAUUUCCGUUCCUACGCCAUGCCCCCCGCGCUGCGCACCGGCGUGGAUGAUGUCGAUGGAGUGUUCUUUGUCCAUGCACAGAAACCACUGGAAGGCUGAGCAACCCCCUCCCUGCUUCCCACCCUCAAAAAGGCAGACGCUGCGCUCCCAAGUCGUGUCAUCCCAUCCCCGUUGCAUCCCGUAAUAAAGCCUGAGCUGAGCACGGCACGGCCUUGGGGAGGCACGGGGGUUUGGGGGCUGUGCAGGCUGGGGGUAAAUGGGGAUGGGGGAAAUGGGGGUCACUGCAUCUUGAGGGGGGGGUGAAGGGGAAUUUAAGGGACGUGCCAAGAUGGGGGGAGUGGGGACAGAAGGGUGGGAAAUAGGGUGUGGGGGCUGCAGGGUGGGUGCUCCGU